UCGUCGUCACCGGCGUCAUCGGCGAUGUUCUCCUUAUGAGGAUCUCUCAUCACUCUCGCCGUCUUCACCGUACUUUCCCUUGCCUACUUCUCCCUCAACUUCUCCGUCUCCUCUCCUCCCCCUCCCUCCGUCACCUCAACCAUCGACCUUCCCGUCGUCAGGCAAGAGGAGACUUCCAACUCCAAUCUGUCACCCGAGGAAGAGGAAGAGUUUUUGGACAUUUACCACUCACCGGAGGUGUUCGGUUGAACUACGCCGAAAUGGAGCGGAAAUUCACGGUGUAUAUUUAUCCAAACGGCGAUCAGAACACGUUUUUCCAGAUGCCGAGGAAGCUCACCUGGAAAUAUUCUAGUGAGGGAUAUUUCUUUCAGAAUAUUAGAAAGGGAAGGUUUCAGACCGAGGAUCCGGGUCAGGCUCAGCUCUUCUUCAUCCCUAUAUCCUGCCACAAGAUGCGAGGCAAGGGUACUUCAUAUGAGAAUAUGACCAUAAUUGUUCAGAACUAUGUAGAGAGCUUUUGACUUGGGUGCCCAGAGCAUAUCGGGGGGCAAUAGACGUCUAUUGGAGGGCAGUAAACGUUUU